AUGAGGAUAAGAAAGGUCAAUAAUUGUCGCUUGCUCGGACACUCUGUCGGUCAGAUCGAGCAGCAGGAGACGGCCCUGAAGGACCAGGGGUCAUCUCGACGCUUGUCGGCCGAUGACACACCUGCAAAUGCACACACAACAAAGAGCGUCAUUCCCGCCUCUCACCUGUCGCCUCGACUUAAAAUCUCUCUAAUUCAUCGAGGCUUACCGUCUGGACGGCUCAAAUGGACAGGCGUGUCUGCAAUGGCUUCAGGCUUCAGGCUCCCGGCUCUAAGCGCCGAGCUCGUGAUGCAUUCGAGCCAGCGCCCGCUGAAGUCGCCUUUUCGGUUUCGUCUCUUUGCGCAGCCUUUAACUGGCUGUCUGGCUGACUGGCAGUCCUGCCUUUUCUUCGAUCAAAUAAGAGUCUGCCUCUGCCUCGAGCCUGCUACCUUUUACUCGAACCAAUAUUGUGGCUUUUUUUCCUCUCCCUCUUUGCCUGGCUGUUUUGCUGUCUCUCUCCCUCUCGCUCUCUCCGUCAGUGUCUUGCUUCUUCAUCGGCUCCGUGCUCAGGCAUAUAUUCACAGGUGUGCCUACGCGCUACAGCUGGAGGUGAUUGCGCACAGCGGGGAGCGAGUAAAGCUGGCCAAUGAGAAGAGGGCUAGGAUCAACUUUGCGCGAAGCUAUCCUCCAAUCUGUCAUGUCUUUUCAAUUACUCUCUGUCUGCACGUCCCUCUGUCCGUUUGUCUGUCUGGAUCUGUCUGGUUGUCUGUCUGUAUGUAUGCAAGUCGCCUGACUCCAACCAACGCUCAAAAAAGGGGCUGUCCCUCUCGCAGUCCCGACUCGUGUCAACAGGAAUUUCGUAUUACCGCCACUAACACUAUCGUCAGCUCCGUGUCGUCACGACUCCCUUCUCUCCAGGCGUCGGAUUUUGCCUCAGCUCUUGUUAAAUUCACACUUGACUCACGACAGCCACCAUAUAUACACACAUAUAUAUAUAUACAUAUAUUACACGCUUCGUGGGGCUCAUCUGCCAGCAGAACAGCUCUUCCCUUCAGACCACGGGGUUCCGUUGCCAGCGCCGACUGUCAAUCACGGAGGUCUAGUCUACUCUUGUCUGUCCUUUUGGAGGGGAUUGCAAUUUUUGGCGCACAACCUGCACCCUCACACGAUGACCUUGUCUCAGGUCUUGUCAGUUCAACUGGAGGCCGACUGCACCAAGUCCGACUGAGCGUCUUGUGUAUGCAUGCUUGUGGGCGCCGCGUCCGACUUGUCUGGAAGUCGGCACAAUCGCGCCUAGCGCGCCCAACACCGACGGACGAGUAG